AUGGCUGACAGGAUCCCUGACUUGGUCUCUCGCUUGAUGAAUACUUUCUCUCUGUUGCCUAAGUUUAACCCAAAAUGGGCAUGGGUCCAUAAUUCAGAGUGUGAUUGUGUGAAGCUGAAGAGGGACAAUAUAGCAGGCAAAGCUUCCACGAGGGCAAACCAGACAUUCACAAGAAGAAUGUUCCAUGAAAGUGAAAGCUUAGCUGGAGAAGGUUUCCAAGAAGGCUUAGCCAAGAGGAAACAUGGUUAA